AGGGACGGAUGGCAUGUUACGAAAGUAGUUUUUACCUGCUGAUUAUACCAUGGAGUUACAUAAGUGGUUUCAUAAUUUAAAGCGAUGAGACAUGUCUAUUGAAGAAUAUACGUCAGAGUUUAAUAAUCUUUCAAUUCAAGUUGGUUUGAAUAAGACUAAUGAACAGAAGACGUCUUGUUAUCUUUCUGGUUUGAAUAAGACAAUUCGAGAUGAGAUGGGGGUGGUCCGUUUGUUCAACCUUGAAGAUGCUCGACAAUAUGCUUUAAUGGCAGAAAGAAAACUAUCACGUCUUGGUGGAAAGAGAGCAGUUUCUAGCAGCCCAGAUACGGGUUGGCAAAGAGAUACUGUUGUUGUUCAUGGCGUCCAAAGUGAUGAAGAAGCCAAUCCAAGUACUCGAAUAGGUGGUAGGAACUUGGGUGUUGAUAAGAAUGUAAAGUGGAAGAAAAUAAAACAAUUUCAUUCUCCAAACAGUGCUAUUGUCAAGGAUUCCAAGGCUGGAAGUACUUCACAAGCUCGAUAUUUCAAUUGCGGAGAGGCGGGGCAUAAAUCUUACGCUUGUCCACAAAGAAGAAUAAAUUUGGUAGGUGAUAAGAUCAACUUUCCAGAGCCCGUGUAUGAUGUUUAUAGCAAUGAAGAGGAAGUUAUUGAUCUCUCACCAGUUGAAGGAGAAUGUUUGUUGGUAAGGCAAGUGAUGACAACUCCCAAAAUUAAGGAAGAAGAUUGGCGUCGACAUAAUAUAUUCUGAACAUGAGUCCUUUGUGGGGGAAAGAUGUGCAACGUGAUUCUUGAUGGAGGAAGUAGUGAAAACAUUAUCUCAAAAGAGGUGGUAGAAAAAUUGAAGUUACCAAUUGAGAAGCAUGCUAAUCCCUACGAAGUUGCAUGGUUUCGAAAGGGAAGCGACGUACCAAUCACUUCAAGGUGUUUUGGUUAAAUUCACUAUUGGUAAUACCAUUGAGGAUGAAGCUUGGUGUGAUGUUGUUCUCACAGACGCAUGUCAUAUCUUAUUGGGAAGACCAUGGUUGUUUGACAAAGACAUGAUGCGUUCUACUAAAGCUAACACCUAUUCAUUCUAUAAGGAUGGGAGAAGGUGGACUUUGCAGCCACUUGAAGAAGGAUUCUGCCAUGUUCCUAAAGAUGAAGGGUUCAUGGUCAUUUGAGAGCUUAUAAGUUUGACAUUGAGAGCAAGGAGGUGGCGUCUGUGUAUCCACUUGUUGCUAAGAAGGAUGUUGAGGGAGCUUCGAAUAAAUUGGAAGAUGACAAUCUCCUAAAUUUAGAAAACCCUCCCGUGUUUGACUAUUGUUUGGAAGAAGAUUGUGAAGUUUGUUUGGGAAUUGAGAAAGCUUUUGACAAGGUAUUUGGUGAGAGCAAACAAGCUGAAUCUAGUGGAAUCUUGAAGGCAGUGAAUCAUGAAGAAGUUGGGUUUGAACUUUUGAAGCAACACAAUCAACCCACGUUUGAAGGAAAGGUGAUUCAAGAAAUUCUUGAGGGAAUUGUUGGAGAUGAGAUGAAUUCCUUCGAAGGUGAUACUUAUGAGUAUGCUGAUUUUCUUGGGGUUGAUUAUUUUAAUUUGCAAACUACCAAGACCAUCAUUGACCUUGUUAGACUACUGGUUUUUGGCGUGAAGAGUUUUUGGGCUGAGAGCUUGGCUGCAGAAGAUAUCUGGUACUGUUCCAGAAGGAUCAAAUAUUCUAAAUAUCUAUUUCUUUGGAGUGGGAAGGUUCAAUAUCAAGGCCAAAGUUCUAUGGACAACUUAUCUAAGAAGAGGUUAUGUCUAGGCGGUUUUCACCAAACGAUUGGAAUUCCAGUAAGAAUUCUUCCCAACUCGAUGGAGUUGAUGCAAGAGCAUCUAUUAGACUUCCCUAAUCUAAGUGGGCAUCAGCCAAUAAGGCCAAGUUUUAGUAGUAAUAAAUUAAUAGGUUAUUUUAUUACUUGUUUUCCUAUUCUUACUAGGAUUUGGUUUAAAUUCCUGUUUAGGUGUUUAAUUUCCUAUGUCAAUUAGGUUUUCUAUAUUCUUGUAGAAAUAGACUAUUAAGAGACUCUUGUAUUUAGUUUUUGUUGAUGAAUAUAAUUUCAGACUUAGUCUAUAGAAUUUCUAUUGGGAUUUUGCCCUAGAACUCAGUUAUCUUCGUUCCAACUUCGAUUCUACUGCCUAUCCUUCUAUCCUCUGUAUUUUGGGUAUGUUUGG